AUGAACGCAGAUAUUCCAAAAUUCAUCUCCACCAAUCCCUGGUACAAAAACGGAGAGACUGAGCUCAAGAAGGAUCACAGUGAUACUCAGUCGAAAGGAUUCGAGAAGGGGUACGAUAGUAAACGAGAUCAGUAUGAUGGGUUUGAAGUUCAGUAUAAAGAACAAGAGCGUGAAGUAGAGAAGGAUGACGAUGACACUGAUUUCGAGAUGGAGAGGCAGGAGUUGGGUAUUAAGAUUGAUGUCAAGAAGCUUAAGAAGUUAUUGAAGUAG